AUGCCCGCUAACAAGAAGCUGAAAGUUAUUGUAGUUGGCGCCGGCUUUGGUGGGCUGGCAGCAGCUAUUGAACUGGCAGACCGUGGUUUCGAGGUUACUGUUCUUGAGAAGUACCCAGAUUCCUCCAGCCAAGGUGACAUUCUCGACUUCUUCCCUAAUGCUGGUUGCAUCAUCCACCGCUGGGAUGAUGGCAAGGUCGGACAAGAAAUUCACGACACCGGUUGCAGUCUCAUCCAAACCAUGGAACUCUGUAAAUAUGACGGCAAGCUCAUCACCAACGUGCCCUGGGCGAGAGACAAUGUGGAGCAUAAUCUUACCUACGCUGGCCACCGAGGUAAGAUUCACUCCAUCAUCCUCAGUUACGCCAAAACACUGGUUCAGGACAUCAGGAUCGGCGUAGCAGUCACAGAUUAUCUCGAAGAAGAAGAUAGAGCUGGCGUCUUGAUCUCCACCGGCGAGACCCUCUGGGCUGACUGUGUCAUUGCCGCUGAUGGUCCAAGGUCAAUCGCACGAGAGAAGGUACUCAAACUCGAUGAUCAGGCUAAGGACGGUAAUAAAAGUGGCUGGUCUGUGUUUAGAAGCUUCUUCAAGACCAAUGAGACUAUGCUUAAGCAUCCGGGGCUGAAGGAUCUGUACCACAAGGACAGAGAUGUUCUGCGAGUUUGGAUGUACGACAACUUGACCCUUUUGGCUGUUGUUUGGAAUCAGGGCAAAGACAUUGCCUGGGUAUUGAUCCAUCCAGAUGACAAAGAGUCAAGCGAAUCCUGGUCAAAUGUUGCUGAGAGAGAGCAUGUGGCCAAAUGGAUGAAGGUUUUCACGGCCGAAGACGCCCAAGCCUUGUUUGAAGUGACCCCAGUGGGGAAGACGAUUGACUUCAAGCUCGUUUACCGACCGACAAUAGACAAUUGGGUAAGUCAGGGGGGCCGAACCAUUCUCAUCGGAGAUGCAGCCCAUGCAAACCUGCCUACAGCUGGCCAAGGAGCAUCACAGGCAUUGGAAGAUGCCGUAACUGUAGCUCAAUGCAUGGAAAUGUCUGGCGGAGAUGUGAAGCUAGGUUUGGAGGCGGCGCAGAGGAUCCGUUAUCAUCGAUCUAACGCCGUCCACAAGAACGGGCAGACCCAAAGAGACGCCUUCUAUAAGAUUCCCUGGGAUGAUAUCGAGGCAGCACCUGAGGAGUGGGCAAAUAAGAGAUUUCGCAAACUCAAGCCUUGGGAUCCUCUGCAGUUCGCCAAAGAGCAGUUUCCCAAGGUGGCUGAGGAUAUCAAGAAUGGGGUGAAAGGGCAUUUAGAUGACGUGGCUGUUCUCCCUCCUAAGGGUGGAUAUUGGUGA